AACACACCACAUUCACGUCUAAAUUCAACUAAUCAAAAACGUCGAAAUCAAGUCUAAAUUUUUGUAAUCUGUCCAGGGAUACUUGGAACAUUAUAUAUCCAACUUUAGUAAGCGCUUUCCACUAUGAUACUAGAUGAUUUGGUCAUCAAACAGCAUGAAUCAUAUUUACUGCAGUAUAUCCAAAAUGAUUUUGCAUCUAUUAUCUAAAGAAUUUUACCUGGAUCAUUCCCGCUGUAGUCACUGAGGAAAAGUAGAAACAGGUGGUAAGUUUUUACUAAAUAGGAGUAGAGGAAGCAAUAUAAAUGGACUUUUUCCAAAGUGGGCCACCUUUGAGACCGCUUGGACCAGAACCUGUGGUGAGAGAUAAGCCUCUCAAAGUACGCGAAAUGACCAGAGCUGUCCUCAUUCCCAAAGCAGCCAAAAGCUCGGAUAAAUUACCAGGAAAUCCAGCGAGGACAGAAGUUCCUGCAGAAACGUACUAUGAGGCUUACGUGGAUGACACAAAAUACCUCGUGCCUGAUACUAACCUUGUGGCAAUGAAAGAUAUGAUAAACUAUAAAAUGCGCCCGAAAACCAGUAUAAAAUACAAGAAUGAGACACGAUUUGAAGACGUGAACUAUAAACAUUUACACAGGAGAUUGGGGUCGAUGCUUGACAAAGUCGAGAUUCCGAGCGACAUCGAACAGAGCUCAGUGAUCGGUGACAGGCAAAGAAAAUCGAGCAGAGAAAUAGAGAAUGAGGAAGUAACAGUUGGUGGAGAUCCAGAGAUGAGAGCAAUUAUUGAAAAGGAGGACGAUGAAGAAACUGUUAUAGGUGAACUGCAGCCAAAACUAAGUAGCGAGAAAGAUAAUGAAGAAGAAUUCACAGAGUCAACGAUAAACAACGAUGAAAAAGAGAGUCAGGAAAAGACAGUUGUUACUGCUGAAGAACAGCUUACGGAAAAAUUAAGUGUAAUGUCAAUUCAGUCUGAAAACGAGACUUCCAGUAAUCUUCUACCCGUUGUUAAACCCUUGAAAUCAUCAGAGUUAUUAGAACCACAGUGUUCAGGCGAUGAAGAUGAAGAUUUAAGCGAACACCGUGUAAGAUUCCUUAUCUCUGGUCAUCUUGGGAAGGAUAACAAACCUGUUUAUAUUAUUCAGGAAUACGAAGGACGAUCUAGCAUUUUAAAAGAUCAAUCGGCAACCUUUAUGACUUCUAAAGAACAAAAUAAUAUUUCAGUGUCUAUUUCGGGAAGGGUAUUCAAAGAUAACAUCCUCAUUGAAGAAGAUGGAAAGCCUAAAUCUCUAAAUAUAGAUCCUGAAAACAUAAUUAUUGAACCUGAGAAGAGUAAAAUGUUUAGGGAUGUUUUUGAGGAGACAUUAAAUAUUGAGGGAGUUAAUAUUUUACUUAAAGGUGAAUUCCUAGAAAAUCAAUCGCAAAGCCAGUUCACUCCUUUUUUAUCUUUCAACAUUGUGAGCGAAGAUGUUAAAACUCCGAGAGCAUUUGAUGACCAAAACACGAUAUUAAGUGGAUUGAACAUGUCUAAAGCUAUAUUAUACCAACCUUUGUUUACAUAUAAUGACGAGAUGGUUUUAUACGAGUCUAAGAGAAAAACAUAUAAAUAUCCAUCCAAAUCACACUCUUAUAUCACAGGAAAUAAACUUAAAAGCAUUUUUGAAAAGAGAAGUACACGUUUAAUAAAGAAUCACUCAGAGUUCGUAAACAUCACAAACAAGACAACAAGUAGUGAAUUGGUUAAAAAGAGCCUGGUCAGUAACAAAAAGAAGAGUACUAAACAGAGUAUUUUAAGUAACCUUCAAAUAUUCUAUAAGCAAAUAUCAUUGAUCCAAUCAAUAUUUAGACACAGCGAGUAAUAUUGUUUUUUUCAGGGUACAAAUAGUUUUGCAUAGUACCACAACAGUGCUUAAAAUAAAACGUUUAUGCAU